GCCUCGGCCCGCAACCCUCGUCGUGCCUGCUCUGCCGUGUCGGUCGUUCUCGCUCUCGUCUCGUCCGCUGCUCGAGCUUCGAUUCUUCUUCUCGUGGCGUGCGUCGAGUGCUUCGAUUUCUUGGUGCCCCGCCUGCUCCGCUGCGCUGGUGUUUCGUUCGCGCGCGCGCGAGAUCCUGCACGUCGUCGGAGGCUCGUCCGGUGACAGAAUUUGUACAUGUUUGUCUGAUUUUGGUGACGCAGUCUGCGGAGAGGAGGAGGGCAAGGUGGGAAUGGGACGAAGGGAUUUCUGACGAGGUUGAGGACGAGGAGCAAUUUCUGAGAGCUGCAGUUUUCGUCGAGUGAGUGAGUCGGCGAAGGUCGGUCGAAAGGAGGGGAGGGGAGAGGACGGGCAGCUGUGUGGGAAUUGAGGAGUGGGUGACAACAUGGGGCUGGCAGCAGGGGAGGGAGGCUGCUGCAGUGGGUGUGUGAUUGGAGGGGUAGUUUGGUAAGGGCUCUGUUUUGCGCCUAGGAAGGAGCUCGGAGAUUCAGAUUCUGGAAGAUUGAAGGCAAAUUGUAGCGGGUAGAAGGGAUUUGUUUCCUUGCUGGCAUGGAGAAUUUGUUUCGAGAUUUCUGGGCUUUGUGCGUGCAGCGGGGCCAGCGGAGAGUUUGAAAUUGGAUGAGUGGCGAGAUGAGCGACAGGAUGGAUGAGGUUCCCGUUCGGAGGAUGGAGCAACCAGAAGGCAAGAGGAGGACAAUGAUGCUUUCUGAGGGUGAUCGAGUUUAUGGAGAAGGAAGUUCGGUGAGGCCGAUGGAGACCCCUAUUCCAAAGCCGAGAAGAAAGAGGGGUGGAGCUGGAGAAGCGGACGAUGGCGAAGGAAGGAGGCGACGCAAGCCAAAAGCGACCGUCGAGGUCAACUCCACCUUCACGGAGUUACGGCGACUUUUACAGGAGAUGCGCCCCAGCACGCUGCAGGUUCUAAGGACGCCUUACUAUCGCAAUUGCAAGGCCGCACGGAACAUGCGAAAAGGUGUGCGACAAAUACGGGACUUCUGUAAGCAGGUACGGCUGGAGACUGUUAUGCUUGCAAAGAAGAAGCAAGGGGAGGAACUGACCAAGAGGAGGAGGAAACCGGAGACAAGCCCAGUGCCGGAAGGAGUUCCAGCUAAGACGCUCGAUUUGGAGGUCCCUUCUCCUUCACAUUCUCUUGAAGAACCGUCUCAUUCGAACGAGAAAAAGGUCGUACCGGUGGUUCUCAGAGAACCUCGUGAACCCAGUGAGUCAAGCGAGGCUGCGAAGCCACGACUCAUUGUUCCAAAGCCUGAGAGCUCUCCAGCGCAAAGGGAGCGGGAAAGGGAGAUCACACCCAAGCGAGAAAGAGAAAGGGAAAUCACUCCCAAGAGGGAGAAGGAGAGGGAGAGAGAAAAGUCUCCGAGGAGGGAGAGGGAACGGGAGGUUGUUGUACGAGAGAGAGAGAGGUCUCCAAAGAGGGAAAGGGAACGUGAGAGAGAACGAGAGAAGUCUCCGAAGAAGGAGAGGGAGAAGUCUCCAAAGCCUGUUCAGAUGAAACCGAAGAUAGAGGAGGAAGAGGAGCUAACGAAGGAUGAUACUGAAGAAUCUGAGUGAGUAGUCAGACGUCAAUACAUUCGAGUAGUCACUAGGAUCAAACCGUCCUUCACUCAACAAGUCUCGGCAGGAAGGAGGGCGGAAACCAUCACUAAGACGCAGACGCCAAAUGUACAAGUGCGGGUGAUUUUUUUCUCCACCGACUCGUUCGAGGCUGUACAGGAUGCCGCCGGUUUUACGACGGCCAAGGCCAUUUUGAGCUGCUGCAUUGUAGUGUUUUCUUGGCCUAGGAAACAUGAUGCUUUACUUCUUGACACCAGCACCAUGUAGAAGUGGUGCAGGAUUGAAGGCAGGGUCCCAGAGGAGACACAGUUAAUGUAGAGGAUAGAAUUUCAGGAACGUAGGUUAGGAAAACUGGCCAUCUCUGAAAGAGUUGGCCAACACUGGGGACAAAAUUGCUUCGUUUCAUAAGUCUGAGGACUCAGCUGGGAUGUCUUUGGAAGGUGAAUUCUGAAUGCAAUGCUGCAUCCCUCUUCAAUAUUUGCUAGAGAUGUCCAUUCCCUGAGGGCGUCAGAUCGAUAUUGGCUAGAAAAAGUGGUAAAUGGGGACAUAGUUUUUUUCCCCCAAUACCGCAAGAUGAAUGGCAUAUGGCUCCGAACGAGCCUUCAUUGGAGGUUGUAUGAAUUUUGUGAACACUGUAUGGGCCGUCAGUCGCGUGUUGAAUUCGUCUCAAAACUUCUAGAAACGAGACUGCAAAAGCCGGUUGUGAUGAGGUUUUUCUGAGCUAACAGCAGAUGUGUGGACCCCAAAUUCCAGCUCAGAAUCAGCUGUUUUUCCGCAGUUCCAGAGGUUACGUUCCUUGUGAUAUCUUGGAGAGUACUUUCGGUCCAAAGAAUUGUUCAUUGGCGAUGUUCUGUAGGCACCUAAGUGGGCGGUCGGAACAUCUUAUCUACAGCUGAGAAGGGACACGAAGAUCAUCGACACAUUUGGGUUUUGAAAAAGUGGUGAUCGGCGGCGGUGCUGCUCUGCUGCAGUGCAUCUGGGUAAGGCUUCGGCUCUGCCAGUACACAAAUUGCACCGGCCGUAACGUGUACGCCCCAUCACCGC